AUGGUCCAAGUGAAACCAAGAGUUUUGGUAAAGCCCAAUUGGCCCAUUCAUUUGGUUUCCUAUAUCCCUAUAUUCCGCCAAUCGAAAUUGGCCCCAACUUCGAAAUUCUAUAGCGCCAAAACAAUCUGCUCCAUCCUCCGUCGGCGGCCAAUUCCCGCUUCUCAGCCUCCGCCGCUUGCUAGAUCGUUGCCGUCAGCGUCACUCGGAUCUGGUUUCCAUCUCCGUUCAGCUUUCCAUUCCGGGGACAAGAAUGAAAGUGAAGCUUCUCCAUGGCAUGCUGUUGCUUCGUGGACCUGGGAUGCAAAAGAUGAAACCUGCGGGAUUUGCAGGAUGGCAUUUGAUGGUUGUUGUCCAGACUGUAAGCUCCCUGGCGAUGAUUGCCCACUGAUUUGGGGUCAAUGCAACCAUGCCUUCCAUCUCCAUUGCAUUCUGAAAUGGGUCAACUCACAGACUUCUCAAGCCCACUGCCCUAUGUGCCGUGGGGAAUGGCAUUUCAAAGACUGA